UCUUUUUAAAUGUUCUUUUCGAGACUGAUCUUCCACUCGACAGAGCAAAGAACCGGUCUUCCAGGACGCCGAGUCCGAUGACAGUCGCUGAUUUACCCGUGCUUCAAGAUCAAGACGGUCAGCUGGAGUACAUUCUUUCUCUCUUCUGUCUUUUUAACAGAUUCCUUUUCCCAAACUCUAAAGCAUAGCUGUAUCUCAACGGACACCCCUCAAAUAUGUUGUUCAGUCAACACCUUCUUCUCUUCAUGAGUUGUGUUGCCGGCUUUCCAUCGGCGACAAAGAGAUUAACAAAAAAACCCGACCUCACAUGUCUGAAUAAUUACUUGCAAACCGUGAGCUGUACUCUGACAGUCAACAAAUGGAGGAACUCUGAAGAGGAGAAUGCUACCGUUAUUCUAGAAUUCAAACUCUUGAUUCUAGAUGAUGAUUCACCUGUGCAAUGCACUCUUGUGAAAGAAGCUGAAAGUUUUGACCGGGUAAGCUACAGCUGCUCACUGGACUUCGAGGAUGAGAUCAUUAGCGAGGACAAAUAUGAAAUCAGCCUUCGAAGACAAUUCAACGGCACAAUAGAAAAUACAGUGGCAGAUACAUGUUAUAGACCAUCACUGCACAUUAAACCUCUUCGUCCGGUCAACCUGUCUGUCACCCUGAGCUCAAAUCAGUAUAACUUCACCUGGGACACAGGCUACCCUGAUGAUCAUUAUCUGGACAAUCAGCUGCAGUUUGAACUGUCAUAUAGAAAGAAAGAAGACACAUUGCACUCCAAGGAAAAUGUAUUGCCUCGUGCUAAUAGCAUGAGGUUUAUAGAUCUGAAAGCACCCUUUCUUGAAGCAGACACAGUCUACAUUGCAAAAGUCCGCUCCGCACCCAACAAUAUCAGCUACAUGGGACACUGGAGUGAGUGGAGCCAGCCGGUAGAGUUGAAGACAGGUGUCCUUGCAGAAAAGAAAUCAGAUAUUAUAAUAAUCAUCGGGUCGAUUGUCAUGCCUUUACUACUGGCAGCUGUUAUACUGGUGUCUCUGUACUUCAAUCUUCCAACAAGGUUUAAAUGUGUGCUGUUCACAAAGAUACCAACACCAGAACCUUUCUUCCAGCCUCUCUACAGCAACCACAAGGGGAAUUUCCGGAACUGGCUCAGUCAUCAGGGGGAUCCACUGAGGAAAGAAGAAGAGCUGAAAAUUGACAGCCUCGUGCAGACCAAGCAGGCGAAGAUUGAAGACAGUUUCUUCCUGUGUACUCAGGAAGAGGUCCUCAAUCACAUCACUAACAUCAAGCCCAUCCACCGUGAGUGGAGCUGCUCUGCUAAGCACAGUAACGGUGCUGAUUGCAAGGGGAGCCAGGAUGUUGCCUCUGACAUCGCAAGUAGCCCCCUCGCGGCACUGCCCAAGUCCUUACAGAGUUACGAUGAGAUGUUUAGCACACUCUCCUUGGAUCUGGCAGGAGUCACCGACAGUGAUUCCGGGUGUGACGAUAUGACAAGGAGUCCGGACAGCAGCUGGCAGCAAGCCACCUUCUCGUUUGAGCUGCCCCCUGAACCAGAGAGCCUGUGCUACAGCGAUGAUUACUGCACCCUCUCGGAUACCAACAAUGGACUGAUCCCCACCAAAAUGAUUCGGCAGGUGGUGAAGAGCGUGCAGAGCCUGGCUGACAGCUGCCCCCUGGCUGCAGAGUCCGGAGACGACAGCAGCGACCCGCAGGAUUCCCAGAAUGAAUACGACCCAGAAUACAAUUCCUACAGCGAAUGUCUGACAGACUCCAGCUUCUCUCCUCGCAGCUUGUUCCAGAAGCAUUCCUCUGCUCUGUAAAGGGUUAUGUCACGCAUGUUAUAUUAUUUCUAGCUUGUUCACCCCUCAUAUCCAAUAGGGUUAACACAUUACCUAUGUCAGAUUUUUGUUCCUAUGUCACAAACAUGAGUGUUAUUAUUAAACUAACGGAGCCAAAAGACCAGUUAUUAAUUCUGGCAAGAAGCAACAGGUUUAGCAUUACAGUAGUAAAACCAAUGCACAUUAGAGAGCUGUGAUUUCCCUAUCAGUGGUUAUUGGGGAGAGUGUAAGAUAUUGUGUAGUGGUACAUUUAUUUGCUGCUUUACAGUUCAUGUAUUUUGCUGCU